CCUCCACACUCGCUGCAGACGAGUAGGGCUCGCAAGAAGGCAGAUCUGACCGGACUCAAAAGAAACAUGGGACGGAUUUAAUAUUUUUCCGGGAUGAUUUUCAAUUCUAUAUGAUUUAUCCGUCUUCUCAAAGGAGCUGCGUGGCAACACGGGUGGUGUCACUUCUCCGCUUCGCCGAGCUGGCGAAGGGGCGUCAGGGAGACAGAACCCAGGACCUGAUCUGGGGAAAGGACCACAUUAGUUGGAUAUUACGAAUGACUUCCGCGGAAAUGCUACGGUUUCUAACUCAAAAGCUUAAGUCUCAGUCUAUAAAUGAAGUUCAACCAUUCCCAGGGCAGACGGAUGAGGAGGACAAGGACUCCGGAACCGAGUCGGAUGACGAAAACGCACAAUUCGAGGAGCUUGAGGACAAUUUAGACGAGGACCGGGCCCAUCAUGACACGUCCAGCUACGGGUCGGCGUCCCCUGUGAACCAUCCUCCCAGCCCGGUGUCAGUGGGCUUCGGGGAGAUGGACGGCAUGAGAACACAUGAACUUACUGUCAAUAGUUUGGACUCAAUCAGCUACACUUCAGAUUUAGAUGGACAUGGGUGGGAUUUUGAAAGACAUAGCUCAGAAGAGGAACUUAUUGAGAUAAAUAAUCGUGAAGCUGUAGCUGAGAAGAGGAAGUGGUCACAAGUGAAUCGUGGGAGUGUUGGUGACAGUGCUGGAUCCUCAGAUGAAGAAGUGCGUGAACUCCUUAAACCUCAACCGGUUGUACUCAGUGCUUCCCCACCCUCGGGUGUUCAAAAACUCCACUCCUCACCACAGGCUAAGUUCUUUCUUGCCAAUGUGAGUCCCACAGCAGUGGUGGCAGCCAUAUCGCCACGGAAACGGCACCGACAACUCUCUACCUCUGAUUGCCCAACUGAUUUGGAUCCCAAGACUGUGAUUCAGAGGCCCUGUCUCGACUUUGAAAAAAUGCAGAAAACGUCUGUGAAGAAACCAUGUGUCCAUAGUUUGAGCCGGCCCAAACUAGUGAAGAUACGGACGAUCAAUGGAAAUAGCAGAGGACCGAAGUGUUUAUCAGACCCUGCUGUCUUCUCCUUCCGAUCUAUCAGCAGUGGGUUGUCUCCCCUGACGCCAGUGGAAGAACCAUCAUGUGCAUACUGAAGAAGCUACCAGUAUCAAGUAAACAUUGUAACUAUGAGCUUCAGCUAUGCCACUGUUCUUCUUUAUGGCCAAAGAAGUGACCCCAAGGGGACUGAACUGAUUAUCUCCCCCUUAUCUGCUGACAAAGCUUCUAGAUUAUGGGGAGGUCCAUAGAGGUGCUGAAGAAUACCAAAAUUGGAGUAUUGUGUUCAGAGAAAACUGAUGACUUUAUGUUGAGGGAGUGAGUCCCAUUGGUUGAAGGUGGAUUGUAUACGGAGGCCCACAGUGCUUAAUGGAGAUCUACGCAUGUAUGUACGCACAGACGAAGCCUGAUGGCAACUAGGACUUACAUCUAUACCAUUAACUUAUACUGUAGGUACAAGCAUCUGCCUACUGCAUUCAUUCAGUUGACCUUGAAGCUGUUGUCUCAUUAGGAGUAUAGUGCACGUCUUGUUCAGUCAGCCAUUUAUCAUAAGUCAAUCAAUAUUGUGAUUUUUUUAUCUAUUGAAGACUGUUUACAUUAUAGAUUAUAUAUUUAAUGCUAGAAGUAGCUACUGUGGAGCAGGUAGAUAGAUAGCCCAGUGAUACCCACACACAUGGCCGACUGACAAACUUGCUUGCUUCAACACUCAUCACCUUUUCAUGCAGGCAUAUAUAUAUAUAUUUUGUCAUCAUUACUGAGGAUGUGUACAGGCUAUUUUUUUUCGACAGACAUUGUUGCUCGAUUUUCCCUUUUUUUAAAAAGUUUGCAUGCUUGAUAUUUUGAAGCUGAGGAAUGCUUCUUGGUAAGCACCUUGUUUACGCUCACUGGCUAAGUGACACUACCUGUUGUUGGAGGCCAGAAGGGAUGUGCCCACUGGUUGCUGUGACAUGUCUAGAGGACUAUGGCUACAACUGCUGAAGGCAAGAUGUGGCUGGCUUGUGAUGGAGUAGGAGGGCAGGGCAAAGACAUUGGAGUCUGUGACCGUGUUUUAGGAACUGCCAAGGAUGUGAUCCAGAGGAGGCAUGUGCUUAUUCGUGAAUGGUUCGGACUUUGCCAAGCUGCUCAUGGAUGUCAGAACAACAAAACCAGAUUGUGCAGAUGUUAUCAUUGUUUCAUCAAACUUGUAUCAUCAGUAGAAGGUGAACCCUUAUUGAAUAUUAUCGAAAAGUUCCUAACAUAUGGCUUUGUUUUGCAAGAAUAAUGUACUGGCAAGCAAUACACGUUCCUCCAGUAGAUGUCCCAUGAUGCAUCACUCCUUUACCGUACAGCAUACUGCAGCAAUAGGUCAGCCUGAGCAGCUGCAGCAGUAACAGCAUCCUCAUCAUCACUACAGCAGCAGCUACAUGAACAACAGUGUACUUGUGCUCUUCUGUGUACAGAGAUGUUCUUCCCGGCAGCUGUUUACCUACCAUGUGUCAUGUUAGUACAUUGAAGAUUCAACUGGAUUCUUACUUCCACUACACUUUGUUGCUUGGCAGAAUGGCAGCUUGCACUACAUAAAUGGCAUGGAAGCUAUUGAGGGCUUCAUUAUGUAUAGGACCACAGCUGUUGAGUAAAACAUUGUUUAACUACAGUUUUAUUACCACAUUCAGUGUAUAGCCAGAAUUGAUUCCAUUGGUUUGCUGUUGUCAUAGCCUCUGGAUCAGCUACUUUGUAUUUACUGCCAUAGAAUGUUUGACAGUGAUCAACUGGCUAUUUAUGUUUGAUUAUAUUUUGAUUAAUUUAUAGAAAUAUAAUGAAUUCUUUGAAUGGUAAUUGAAUUAUCAACCAGUGAAGUUGAUUUUAAUCUUUUUGUGUGUGUGUGUGUGGGGGGGGGGAUGAUGGGGUGAACACAGACAAGAGGUGUGAUAUUAACAAGUAUGCAUUAAGAUGUUCACUAUCUUUGUACUAAAACCAUUUUUAUUACACUCCCCAUGGUAAGAAAAGUAUUAAAGUAUUGUUAUUAAAGUCAGGUAAUUUAAUAUUUUUUUCAAUAUUAACCUUUUAUGAUCUAUGGCCAUGUCAAAAAUUAUUUCAAUUUACUGACUUAUAUUUUAGGAUGAACCAGCCUUCCCUUGAUUCCCAACUCGACCUCUUGCCAUUUAAAACACAAUCGUGUAUUUGUACUGUUGUAGUAUGUAGAUUUCCAGUGAUCUACUCUUCAGCUGUGGAGUCUAUUUUAGGAUAUAUGAAUAUGCAUUUUGGAAAAUACUGUUAUGAUAUUUUUAUGUAUACAAAAAUAGACUAUGUAAUGAAUUGUUUUGAUGAAAGAAUUUACAUUUGUUAUUGAGAUUUUUUGGUAAAGCUUAGGUGGGAGUGGAGGUGUACAUGUUGAAAUCCUGUUAUUAUAGGAACAUAUGCUGCAAAUUUGUUUCUCUAUUUCCAUAUUAGCUUUUGUUGAGCAUGACAAGCUGUCCAAUUUAUGGUACAUCUAAUGUAAAUUGUUUAUAGGAAAUAUGCACCUUGUGCGUCACUCCAAUGCAUAUGGUCGUAUGCGAUCAGACAGAAUCAAUUUCAAGACAACCUUUAAAUAGAACCCAUGUUUUUAUUGCCAGCAAAUCAAUUUUAUGGUCACGACGCUGACAUAUUAAACACUCACUGCUUUUAUUUGAGUUACAUGAAGCAUUUUGCAGCAUGGCAGACCUGUCCUUGAAAAAAGCCUCAAUUUCAGGGGAUGUAGAUAUUUUAUAUUUGUAAGAUCAUGAACAACUUGGGCGUCCCUUGUAGGGCAAACCCUGCAGCUGAUCUACCUCUACAGAUUUGCACUGUCUUACAAUGUUUGCACUCCAGGAAAUCGUGUUGGUCACUGUUGUAUCAUUAACACUAUGAUCAGUCCUCAUAUUGGCUUGACUAAGACCUUAAGAUUGUGCUAAUGUAUUCAUAAUAGUAUCUAUCUUAGAGAAGGACUACCCAUGGGCCAAUUUGCAGUCUUAGUGAGUUGAUUGAAGUCAUUCAAAUCCCACCUUGUCUGCAGAUUCGAAUCUUGUUAUACAUAUCAAUCUACCUUUUAAUUAUUGCCUUGAAACCACACAAACACAAUGUCUUGGUUUGACACACUGAUUGCUGUGACUGGAUCAAGACUGGAAAUAGGCCCAGGGAAGUGGAGCGCAGUCUCCCUAGUUUGACCUUUGCUUGAAAGAGUUACUCAAUAUGUGUAAUACUAUACUGAAAGGUGUAAUGAUAAUGCAUGGUGUAUUUGAACAUUUGAUAUUUAUGGGGAAUCUUUGUGUCUCAUUCAGUGCAUUUAACAUGAACUAGUACCAUUUUAUUCAGGAACUGCUCCUUUAGAUAAACAAGCAAUUUUACAGAGCAUGUGAUCAGUGUUACACAACAUCAAUAAGGUUGUGCUUGCAAAAUAUUUAUUUAAUAUUUAAAAAUAGACAUGUUUAAGAAGAGCAGUUUCUGAAAGAUUUUGUUUAUGUACCAAUGUUUUGAAUUUAUCAUGAAUAACCUCACAUAAUUGUUUCUGCAAGAAAUGAGCAUGUUCGACCUGUCAGUAUUUUUGUUAUGAUAAAUCUGACUAAUAAUCUUUUUCUUGUCUCGAUGAAGCAUAUGGAAGUGCGGCAAUGUUUUGUAAAACAGGGAGUGAUGCCAGCAAACUUUCCACAUGUGCUUUCACAAGCUCAAUUUGACUUAGGAUCAUUUCAGGGCAAUUUGUUAGCAAAUUUUCUUGAACUGUUUAUGGCAUUUGGAGGUGCCAUGGUUAAUUUCUUCAGUCACAUGACUGUCACAUGUCUAGCAAAUGGCGGCGGUAGUCCAGUGUGACAGGUGACACUACUACUACAAGUUCACGAGAGACUGAAUUCCCUCAGGUUCCUCACUAAAGCUGUGAUAAUGUAUUCCAAAUACAGGUCAAAGGUCUUGAGUGGACCUCUGCAUCAUGGGUUGUUUUUGGCCAUGGUUGAAUUGGCCAGCCCAGAAGAAUUUUUUUAGAAACAAAUACACAUAAUUGCCAUUUCAGAAAAAGAUGAAUCAGAUUACUGCAAGCGCAUUUACUUUUAUGGCAAUUUAAUGUUACAUAGCUUUCCUGAAGUCCCAUCUUGGCUUCUGAAUUUACCAAGACGUAAUGUCCCACAUGGCUUCACAGUCUCUGAAUGUCCUCCAGGCUCUUUAUCUUGCUGCUGAACAAAUGUCUGACCUCAUCUUUCUUGAUACCUCGGUCCUCAGGUAUGUUUGAUCUCAGUGUGGCUAGCCACUUACCCCUUCCGGCUGAGGAAGCUGAGGCACGUUCUGCUAUAUAAUUCAUGCUUUUAGGGAACUCAAGUAAAAAUUCAAGGAGAAAUUCUUCUGUGUUUCUGAAUUUAGAAACUGGAUUGCAUCUUGUUAGUUUUCAUCUUAGGUAAUUAAGUCAGGGUGCAUUUUGAACAUAGGAUCUAGUUUGAAGGAAAUGUUGAAUUAGUGUUUCCUUGAUCAAAAUGAUGGCAGGGAACCUUUACAGCUGUUGGUCUGACAAUGGAUAGGUAAUUAUAUUGAAAGAAAACUUGGUCUGGUAAGGUAACCUGGAGGUAGCACACAAUCAGUAUGUUUUUACGCCAUUCAAACUAAUUUAUUAUUGCCCAGUUUUUGUUGCCUGGGGUGAGCAGUUACUCCUUGUAUUUUCCGAUUUACCAGUUCACUGUGGAUCGGUGUUGAGGUGGAAAAAAAUUGAUAGUCUCAAUGCCUGUUUUUUCACUUCCAUCACGUAACAUUGGCAGCCAUUGCUACAAUGAUUUUUAUGAGGGUUAUUUUGAAGGUGGUUACUUCCUGGUGAGGACAUGUUUUUAUUGAUUCCUAGCCAUGCUGGAUUCUUGGUUCGGAGAGUAUUGUUAGUCCCAUCGUAUAUAGAUUCAACUUACCGAUGGUGUUAGAGGGUGUGGUCAGUGGACCAAACAGUUUGCUAUAAUUGCCCCUGACUACCGGGUACCCAUUUAUGGUCCUGGCUUAACUAUAUUGUUUCCCUGUCCCUGUGUAUCAACUGCCAGUUUAAUUCUGUUGAUGCUGUUGUUGACCUGUAUCAUUAUUGGAAAUGUUCAUGUAAAAUGUUUAAACUAGCACUUCCAUAGGUUUCAGUCACGGUUCCCCUUGCACAAUUCCCCUCAUGUUUCUUCCAGUGUAACCUUGUCCAAUGUGUAAAAGGACGUAACUUGCCUUAUCUGUAUACGGGAGUACUUGAGAAUUAUUUGACAGAUUUUUUUAUGCAUCACUCAUCGUACUACCUCUUGGCGUCAACAGAACACCGGUGUUUUGUUGACACUUGAUGAUGUUAUAAUGGUUGCCAGGGAACCAAUGAUAACGUUCCCAUGGCAACUAAAACUUUUUUGUGUUGAUAAAUACUAUGAAUACAACUGUUCAUGGUAGUCCUUGUACGAGUCGAUAUUUUUGGAGAGAGUCUGUACACUUGGUUUUGUGGACAUGUACAACGUUGUGCAAUGUCCAUGUUCACGUCUUGCACGUGCAUUCAGAGAGUGGAUCGCGAGAGAGGUUGUGAGUGCUGUUUGGGACGACAUGAUGUGAGUCCCAUUUGAAAUGGUUCAAACUAGGUUCUGUCUAUUGUAUUGGCGGGAAACAGUUAGGUACUGUAUAGUGAAGGAGGAGGGCGAGUGCACGGACGCGACUGAAAGAGAUGAGAUUUUCUUACUGUGAAUAAAAGUUUAAUCUGUGAA